AUGCUACUAAAUAUAUACCUUCUCUUCACGUUUUUCGCCACAGGUCUAGCAGGUUCAUUGACGGAUUUGGAGAUCGGCGUUACCAAGAGAAUACCCGUAGAAGAAUGUGUAAUUAAGGCGAUGCCAGGAGAUAAAGUUGAAGUUCAUUACACAGGUUCCUUACUGGAAUCAGGAACCGUUUUUGACUCAAGUUACUCAAGAGGCUCCCCCAUCGCCUUUGAACUAGGUGUUGGCAGAGUCAUCAAAGGUUGGGAUCAAGGUAUUGCCGGCAUGUGCAUUGGCGAAAAAAGGAAACUACAAAUUCCAAGUUCAUUGGCCUAUGGUGAAAGAGGAGUUCAAGGUGUCAUUCCUCCAAGCGCUGAUUUGGUGUUUGAUGUUGAAUUAGUGAAUGUGAGAUGA